UGGCCUUUUCACGUUUUUAGUUUCUGUUAAUCCUUUGAACUAUUUUAUUACAAAUGUAUUAUUGUAAGUUUGGCAAAAUUUGAGAUAAUUAUCUUUGUAAAGUGUGUAACAACCGUAAUGAAGAACAUAUUGAAAAAGUGAUUAUCGGAUUUUAAAAUACAAUCGAUAAAACAAAAACCAACUUUAAAAUUUUAUAUCAAUAUAUUUACAAUGUCCAGUAAACAAGGAAAAUCUAUCAACAUUAUUAAAAAGAACAUUUCUCGAAAGUAUGAAGGUAAUCCUAACUUGAAAUUAAAAUGUGUAAAAAGUGACACGGAUCGAAUCAACCAUAUAGAGCUAGUAAAAGAGAAAGUUAAUAUUUGUCCUAAUGAAAAACAAUAUAAAACACCUCAAAUGAAUACUAUUUUGCGUGAAGUUAAUCAAAUUGAAAACGUUCAGUCUUUGCGCCCACAAGUAUUUAAAAAGGACAUCGAUUUAACACCACGAUCAAAAGCUAUAAUUGCUCCCAAGGUCACUCAAAGGCUGAACUUUAACACAGACCAAGUGGUGUUUAAAAAUCUUACACCAAUUAAUGUUAAUGACACAAUAUUGAUUCAGAAGCAGUGCAGCGCAAAUCCUAAUAAAUACAAAAAGACUAACAAAACACCAUCGCCGGAUCUCUGUCACUGGCUCGAUCGCAUACCAUCGUUAAGACAUGAAAUACCCGAACCAGAAAUUGCUUUAGAGUUUUGUGAAAUUGAAAUCGAUCCAUUUGAAAGUUAUCUUCAGUUGAUAAAUUGAUAUUUUUUAUUAUUUAUAUAUUUAUAAUGUACCAUUAUCUCAUAAUAUAUUUAUCCAAUAAAAUUCAUAACUACUAAA